AUGAGGACACGAUUGCAAGAUUACGUGGGCGAAGAUACUCUACAUUGGGGCUCACAACCAGUGCCACUGACCAAGAUUCCUGCGCAUGCACCGGGCUGGACAGUCCUUGAUAGACUAUAUUUUCAUAAAGGAACCAUGUACAUUGUUUCCGACUACCCGAAACUUGUUCCAAAACCUGUUCACAUCACAUCCAAGGGAAGGCGCAUUCAAGAAGGCAAUGUGAACAUCCCAGAUUUGGAGCCCACCGAGGAGGAUCUGAGAGUGAUAUCUACCAGAGAAGCGUAUGGCCUCUUUGGACAACAGGCCAUCCGGAUUGGAGGCGUGACGUUUCUCGUCAACGAAAGCCCCCAGUUUAUGACCCAUAUGUAUCACUUUGUUGCAGAGCUUCUGUUCGGCCUAUGGAGGACGUAUUCAUCUCUGGAUCCCGACCUUGAAGUUAAUGGUCAUACUCGUCUUGCAGCCCCCAAGCGCAUCUGCUUUACCCAUCUCGACGCUGCCCAUUGGCGCGACUAUGCUGCCAUGAACCAAUAUGUUCUCCGUGCAGUCUUUCCUUCGGCAAUCUUGGAGUUUAGUGAUACAUGGGAAGAACGGGCAUCGCUCAAGAAUAAGACGUUUGUCUUGGAUCGAGUGGUUUUUUCGGACCGAGUUGCCGCCAUGCACAGCGAGGUGUUCGUAAAGACUGACCGUAUCGCUUCAGUGGCGUACCAGCUCAAGUCAAAUUUUGGCUGGUGGAACACCAUUCGAAUGCCAGUCCUCGAGUAUUCCAAAGUUCGCAUAAAUGAUGUGGCGCCCCCUGUACCGGUGAUCACGUAUAUCAGUCGACAAGGUUGGGGACGGAGAAUGCUUCGAGAACAUGAUCAUAUGCGACUAGUCGUUGGCUUGUAUAAGUUGCGCGACCGCCUGGGUUACGAAGUCAACAUUGUCGAACUCGACCGUCUUUCUCGGGCGGAGCAGGUUCGCCUUGCAGCACGUACUACAAUAAUGAUGGGCGUUCAUGGUAAUGGCUUGACGUCACUUCUCUGGAUGAAACCGUCUCGGAGAGCUACCUGGACGGCCGAGGCUCUGGGCAUCAAACACUACGGUGUAUGGGAUAAAGAGACCUUUACAUCUCCAAAUGUGCCUCCUCGGGCGUACCCAGAGGGAUUUCAAGGUAACGACAUCCCGGUCGAUGCGCCGACCGUUCUCGACCUGAUAGAACGACGGCUGAGCCCAGACGAGCUAGACAUGAUUCCAUAG